AUGACAGACAGCAGCAAGGCCAACUUACAUGAUCAAACCGAGCCGCCAAAGUCACUGUCUGCCUCUCAAUCUGCCGUUGCGAGGACAAGAACGGCAUGCAAACAUUGCAAUGCACGUCGUGUCAAGUGUGAUGUGAUGCAGCAAAAGCCAUGCUGGCAGUGCCGGACACGAAACGUCCCUUGUGAACUGAUCAGUUCAAAGCGUGGAAAGUACGUCCGAGGAUCCAACCCCAAAGACAAGACCGACUCAGCGUCGAGCCGAACAAGCAACGUGAAAAAGACACAGUACACCGCGCGCUCAACCGACAACCACACCGUGACCACGACCACAACCACAACCACCACAAAUGAGAAAGAAACCCCAGGACAAGUUGAUGGUCCAGAAAUGCUCUUUGCUCGGAUGACAGAGCCGGAACUACUUGCCCAAAAUGCUAACUCUGUUCCGGACCAUGCUCGUAUGUUGUUCUUUGGCGAAGCGUUACCCAUGGGCUUCAUCAUCAACACCAUCUGCAGUCUUGAUGGGAGACGACCGAUUGUCCGACUACACCACCCUAUCCCUGCUAAAGUCGGGGAAUUCCCGAUCUCCCACCUCAAUCAGGAUGACAUCGAAAGGCUGAGAGCUGUGGGCGCGCUGGAUCUCCCCGAGAAGGAGAUCCGUGACGAAUUAAUCCGGAACUUUUUCAAAUACAUUUAUCCUGGAUUUCCAGUCCUCGAUCGAACCGGUUUUGCCGCACAGUACCAAAAAGGUCAAGCAUCACUGUUGCUUCUUCAAACUCUGUUGUUUCUUGCGACAACGGUGUGCGACGAAUCAGUUCUUGCGAGAGCAGGGUUGCCCGAUCGACUUCGUGCCCGGCAAACGUUCUACAAACGAGCCAAAGCAUUGUAUGAUGCCGAUUACGAGCAGGAUCAAGUCACUUUGACGUCUGUCCUCUUCUUGCUCUCCUUUUGGUGGGCAUGCCCGGAAGACCAAAAAGAUUCUUGGUUCUGGCUCGGCGCCGCCAUCAGCCUUGCGCAAGGCCUAGGAUUGCACCGCACAACCGCACUCUCAAACCUCAGCUCGAAACGGAGAUCCUUGUGGAGGAGGAUAUGGUGGUCAAUCUAUACACGGGAUCGACAUAUAGCCUCUUCAUUAGGACGACCUUCACGAAUUCGCGACGAAGAUUGUGACGUCAAAAUGCUGACUGAGGAGGACUUCCGAGAUCAACAUCCAUCAAGCAUACAGGCAGAGUUGGUCGGCACACAGGAAGCAUACCACGUCUCAUAUUUUGUCGAACUCGUCCGUCUGGCAUUUCUACUGGGUCGGGUCCUAUCGAUCGGAUAUACACCUGGGCGUGCGUGGGAUGAUGAAGCAUCCAAGCUUCUUGCUGCUGAUUUUCAACAAUGGCAGUGUGCCCUUCCACUGGACAUGUUUCAAAGACCGUUCAAGGAGUCCACAGAACCAGGUUUCUGGGCCUGCAUGUUACACUUGAGCUAUCACAAUGCUCUCAUUCUGUUCUGCAGACCACCCACCAUCGAAAGUGUAACUCGGCAAGACUCUGAGCGAGAAAUAACGGUACGAAGCAGCACCGAUGCCGUUACUCGCCUUGCAGAAGACCUGCUGAGUUCUGGCACUCUCCGAUAUGCUCAAGUACAUAUAAUCCCGACCUUGUUUGGUGCACUUUCAAUCCACUCCCUGGUAAUUCGUUGUCGACAGCCAGUGAGCAGUCAGCUGGCAGAAAAUCGAGCUAGGCAGUGCAUGCUGGCGCUGAGCGAGCUCUCGAAAUUGUGGCCCGCAGCUGGUUGGAUCCUGCGAGUCUUUGACAAGGUUCUUCGCCGGUUGACCGGUCGCGAUCGGUGCUUUGAGUGUAGUCCGCCAGGUGGAAAGCCAUACUGUAGCCGGCCGCAGUCUAGCGGCCCGAUUGCUCGGCUACCAGAUCAAGCGACUCUACGGUCCGGCGAGAGCACAUCUGAUAUUGCCAGUAAUGGUUUGGACAGUCUACUGAGCCCGACGCUGCAUAGUUUGCGUGCUUCGAUGGGCGCCACGGAGUCGCAGACAGUAGAUUCCCACGGGGGAAUCAUGCCUGAGGCUUGUUGGGCGGAGGAACUGGAUUUCGAUGCUUUCGAAAACAUAUUCCAAGACUCCUUAACUGAUGCAUUUGCACCGUAUGGGUACUGGGCUGGAUUGGCAUGUCACCAACCAGUAUCGGACUCAACACAUCCUUGA